GAUGAUGAUGUUGAUUAUAUUGAUAAUUAUGCUUCUAGUAAUGAUGAUGAUGAUAGUUGUGAUAAUACGAAUUCGAAGAGGAAGAAAAUGAGUUUUUCUAAUAGCAGGAAGAAAGGGGAGUCCAAAAUGUGUCAUCAAUGUCAGAGGUCUGACAAAGAAAGAGUUGUGUGUUGUUCUAAAUGUAAAGUGAAAAGAUAUUGUCUUGCUUGUAUCAAUAGAUGGUAUCCCGGGAUGCUAGAAGAGGACUUUUUAAAAGCUUGCCCUGUAUGUCGUGACUUUUGCAACUGCAUAUCAUGUUUGCGGUUAGAUGGGACAGCAAAACAUUUGAUGAAUGUAGAAGUAAAGUUCAGUGAUGAAGAAAAACUCGAGUACUCUAAGCACAUUGUACGAGCACUUUUGCCUGCGUUGGAACAACUUAAUGCCGAGCAAAUGAUUGAAAAGCAGAUUGAGUAUCACAUUCAAGCAUUGCCAAAUUCGGAGGUUAAAAUAGCCAAAGCAGAAUACGAGAAGGACGAGUGUAUUUAUUGCAACUAUUGCAGUGCAGUUAUUGUUGAUUUUCACCGGAGGUGUUCUAGUUGUUCCUAUGAACUUUGCGUCACUUGUUGCAAGGAAUUAAGGAAUGGCAACUUGCAAGCAGAUGUAUCCGAAGUGAUGAUGCAAUAUAUUGACAAUGGACCGGAUUAUUUGCAUGGUAAAGGUUGUAGCGUAACUUCAGUCAAGAAUGGAACUUGUGCUGGAACGACUAAGGUGGCGAUGACAUCUAAAUGGAAACCCGUGGAAAAUGGUGCCAUUCCUUGCCCACCAAAAGAUAUGGGAGGCUGUUGUAACGGAACAUUGAAUUUGAGAUGUAUAUUUUCUGAGAAUUGGAUAUCGCAGCUGUUACUCAAAGCUAAAGAAAUAUCUCAAAAAUGUGAAGUGAAGGAAAUGUAUAAUGAUUCAGAAUUGCACUACUCCUGUUCAAAAUCUAAGGGUGAAAAUGGUACUUCUGGUGGCAAGCUACGUAAGGCAGCUGCUCGGGAAAGUUCAGAUGAUAACUAUGUGUUCUGUCCAGCAGCUGUGGAUACUCGGCGUGCAAAUUUGAGGAAUUUUCGUGUAUAUUUAGCUAGGGGUGAACCAGUUGUUGUAACUAACGUCCAUGAUAAUGCGUUGGGAUUGAGCUGGGAACCUAUGGUAAUAUGGCGUGUUUGUCGACAAACCAAGAAGGCUACUGAUGUUUUAAAUUGCUUAAAUUGGUGUAAGUUGGAAAAGAACAUACACCAGUUUUUUAUAGGAUACACAGAGGGUCGUUUUGACAGUUACGGGUGGCCUCAACUCUUAAAGUUGAAUGACUGGCCGCCAUCAGGUCUAUUUGAUGAGCAGCUGCCGCGUCAUGGUGCUGAAUUUUCAAGUUGUUUACCUUUUAUGGAAUAUACACAUCCUCAAUAUGGCUAUCUCAAUCUUGCUCUAAGACUUCCUGAUAACUGCGGGAAGCCAGAUUUAGGGCCUAAGGCAUACAUUGCUUAUGGUUUUCCUGAGGAGCUUGGACGCGGAGAUUCAGUCACCAAACUACACUAUGUUAUGACUGAUACGGUCAACAUGUUGAUGCACACUCAAGCAGUGGUCCCAACAGAUGAACAACUCUCCGUUAUAAAGAAGUUGAAACAGGUUCACAAAGAGCAGGAUCAGAGGGAAUUUGCAGCUGAUAAUGCUAACAGGACACAUGAGAGCCUUAAGGAUUACGUCCCUAAUGUAAACGAAAAAUCUGUGCUGAAAGGGAUAAACUUUUCUCAGGAGAAACAGAAAUGUGAUGGUUUGAAAGUUGAGAAUAAGAAGUAUUGCCUGCGAAGUGUAAAAGCUGCUUGUGAAACAAAGAAAGACGGAGAGGAUAGUAGUUCUCUUUUCGAGCAGGAUAAGCCUGAAGGAUUUGAAGACGCAGAUGGUGGCGGUGCUCUAUGGGAUGUCUUUAGGAGGCAAGAUGUUCCUAAAUUGGAGGAAUAUCUCAGGAAACACUUCAGGGAAUUUAGGCACAUAUAUGGCUCACCGUUGCUGCAGGUUGUUCAUCCCAUUCUUGACGAAACUUUCUACUUGAGCACCGAGCAUAAAAGGAGGCUAAAGGAAGAAUAUGGAAUUGAACCAUGGACAUUUGUUCAAAAAUUAGGCGAGGCUGUUUUCGUUCCUGCUGGAUGCCCUCAUCAAGUUAGAAAUUUAAAGUCCUGUAUCAAUGUCGCUGUUGAUUUUAUUUCUCCUGAAAAUGUGAAUGAGAGCAUUCGUUUGACUGAGGAGCUUCGCAAGCUUCCUAGAAAUCACGUAGCUAGGGAAGACAAGUUGGGGGUAAAGAAAAUCAUUGUUCAUGCAAUGAGCCAAGCGGUGAAUCAAUUGGAGAAGACACUAUUAAACUCUGAAGCAGGCAUCGGUACAGGAUUAUUCUUAUCAAGUUCGAUCAGCAGAAGUAUAAAUUCUAUGCCAGGACCAAGUACACCAAAACCUUCCUCCUCCGUUUCGGAAGAUCUAUCUAGUAGCAAGACUGACAAAAGAGAAGAAUAUGUUGCUCCAAGUGAGGACGAGAAACCAAGAACUACUGAAGUUAAUGUACAUUCUUCGCUUCCAGUUCUUUCAGCAAACAAGGCUCAAGAGAGGACAUCGGUUCCUAGUCAAGAGUUGAAGCAGUUCAUCGAUAUAGUGGACGUUGAAUCAACUUUCCACACGGUUCAGUCAUUCUUGAAGUCUUUACCAGAGCAGUAUCCCAGUCAACAGUCCGGCCUGCAGAGCAAUAGUACUUCUUCAGCCCAAACACUUGCAAAGUUGAUAUUUGAAUGUUCAAUCAGACUACCUUUAGAGGCAUUGGCUCAUGACCCGAUAAAUGAAAAAGAAAUGUGUGGUGCAAUUGCUGCUUUAAAUGAAAAUCCCUCAUCGUUAUUAUUUAGCGAUGAACAAGCCAAGCAAUUGGUAAAACUCAAGUAUGAAUUCCCCGUCAUGGUUAAGAAAUGGAGGGAGUUGGCACGAGCUGAGUUAAGUUACCAGGAAUUCUUGAACAACUUCGAAGAGGACAGGAAAAAGCUGGAUAACUGGAUUAGGUCAGAAGCAAAGCUGAAGUCGGAGUAUGAUAAAAAGGAGGAACAAGCUAGAGAGUUGGAAGCAUUACUUCAAGAUAUAAGGACCAGACAGAAAGAAAUCAUGGAUGAACGACAAGAAGGGUCUCAAGAAGCUCAAAAACUCGUGUCGUUAGCUCAACAAAAAGCUGGAAAGAUAGAAAGCACUAGCAAUGAAUUGGUAACAACAAAAAUGCAGAUGGACGGGUUGAGGAAAAAUUGGUCCAACUUUCAGUCUACAUUCCCAUAGGUGUUACAUUCCAGUCUCUCCUUUUUUUGGUUCCUCGGACUAGAUACAUUUUGGAAGGCGGAGUUAUAGUUCAUCUGUACGUAUAGAUCGUUGGAGGUUUUAGGCUGCUUUUGCCUGGUAUGUUGAUGUUUUUUGUAGAAGAGAGUGAUAAAUACAUAGUUGUGUGUUGUGCAAACUGUAAUGAUAAAUCAUUUUGCCUUCCUUACAUCAAACAACGGUAAGAAUUUAGACGCCGAUCCAGGAUUUAAACUUGAGAUGUUAAU